AUGAAGUGUGUGGAGAAAGACAUGUGUUAUGAAUAUUCAAUGUCUAAAAUUAUCUUUCACAAAACUCACCUUUAUCUAGCUGCAUAUUGUUCAAAUGGUGUUUCUCAAUUUAAGAAUUUUUAAAGGUUGUACAUAAUAAAAAACUGUUUAAUGCACAUUACUAAUUCUUGUGUUUGUUUGUCUCAGGAAGUAUUUGAAAAAUUUUGAUCAUAUUAACAUUGAGUCCAGUGCUAUUGCAAAGUCUCUUUUACUGAAGAAAACCAAUACAAAUGUGGAUUGUGUAAGGAGUCAUGUGUUGAGACUGUUCAAAGUGAAAAUUGUUCUUCCACCCUACUCAAAUGCUGUUCUUCAAUUCAAAAAUAUUGAAGGUCAGACGUUAUUAUAUAAUUAUUUUUAUGAAUAUUAUAUUUAAGGUUUCUUUUAAGAAAUAAAUUACUAAUCAUCAUUAUUCAUAAUGAUUAAAUUAUAUCUAAUAAUUUUAUAUUUUAUAAUAUAUUUCUUCUUUUUUGUUUUAUUAAUUACAUAUAAUUCUCCAUUGAAUUCAAAUUUUGUAAUGUCUGUAUUGUAUUGUAUUCAUAAUCAUUUCAAUUAUAAUAUGGAACUAUCAAAAGAUGAUACACAUGUUUGCUGUUUGUAGAACAUCUGCCUCUCAAAGGUCAUACCAUUCUGAAGAUAAACUAUAUGAGUGCGGUUUUUGUGAGAAGAAAUAUGUAAAUAAUUAUUACUGUCCUAUGACUUCUCACACAGGUCGCAUUCCUAUAAGUUCUAAAUCAACUCAAAUAUCACAAUCAUUUUACCAAUGUAGAAUUGUUUUAUUUUAGAAACUCAAUAUUUUUAGUUUUGCACACCCAAAUUAUAAUAUUCCUAUCAAAGGUUAUGAAUAAAUAUCAUGUAUUAAAAAACACUAUGUUCACUUUUUUCAUUUUUUUUAUAAGACUGACAUUUUCAUUAUAUUAAUGUUUCAUAAAAACAUUAAAAUAUUAUGGUUAUAUUUUAUAUUAGACCAUCUUUAGUAGAUAAAUGGCUUUUAAUAUUGAAUAUCUUAUAAUAGUAACUCAAGUGUAUUUUGGUUUUAGGAUGCAUUGGCCAAGGAUUUGUCAUCUGUGGACCAAGUUUGAUCUUAUUUUGCUGUAUCCUUAUCUGAAGACAACCAUAAGGAAUGAAGUGUGUGGAGAAAGACAUGUGUUAUGAAUAUUCAAUGUCUAAAAUUAUCUUUCACAAAACUCACCUUUAUCUAGCUGCAUAUUGUUCAAAUGGUGUUUCUCAAUUUAAGAAUUUUUAAAGGUUGUACAUAAUAAAAAACUGUUUAAUGCACAUUACUAAUUCUUGUGUUUGUUUGUCUCAGGAAGUAUUUGAAAAAUUUUGAUCAUAUUAACAUUGAGUCCAGUGCUAUUGCAAAGUCUCUUUUACUGAAGAAAACCAAUACAAAUGUGGAUUGUGUAAGGAGUCAUGUGUUGAGACUGUUCAAAGUGAAAAUUGUUCUUCCACCCUACUCAAAUGCUGUUCUUCAAUUCAAAAAUAUUGAAGGUCAGACGUUAUUAUAUAUUUAUUUUUACGAAUAUUAUAUUUAAGGUUUCUUUUAAGAAAUAAAUUACUAAACAUAAUUAUUCAUAAUGAUUAAAUUAUAUCAAAUAAUUUUAUAUUUUAUAAUAUAUUUCUUCUUUUUUCUUUUAUUAAUUACACAUAAUUCUCCAUUCGAUUUAAAUUUUGUAAUGUCUGUAUUGUAUUGUAUUCAUAAUGAUUAAAUUAUAUCUAAUAAUUUUAUAUUUUAUAAUAUAUUUCUUCUUUUUUGUUUUAUUAAUUACAUAUAAAUCUCCAUUGAAUUUAAAUUUUGUAAUGUCUGUAUUGUAUUGUAUUCAUAAUCAUUUCAAUUAAAUUUGGAACUAUCAAAAGAUGAUACACAUGUUUGCUGUUUGUAGAACAUCUGCCUCUCUCAAGGCGCAUACCAUUCUGAAGAUAAACUAUAUGAAUGCGGUUUUUGUGAGAAGUAAUAUGUAAAUAAUUAUCACUGUUCUAUGACUUGUCACACAGGUCGCAUUUCUAUGUGUUUUAAAUCAACACAAAUAUCACAAUCAUUCUACCAAUGUAGAAUUCUUAUCUUUUAGAAACUUAAUAUGUUUAGUUUUGCAAGCCCAAAUUAUAAUAUUCCCAUAAAAGUUAAGGAAUAAUUAUCAUGUAUUGCAAAAUACUAUGUUCUUUUUAUCAUUUUUAUUAUAAGACUGACAUAUUCAUUAUAUUAAUGUUUCAUAAAAACUUUAAAAUAUUAUGUUUGUUUUUUAUAUAACACCUUUUUUAGUAAAUAAAUGGCUUUUAAUAUUGAAUAUCUUAUAAUAGUAAUUCAAGUGUAAAUCGAUUUCAGGACGCAUUGGCCAAGUAUUUGUCAUCUUUGCACCAAGUUUGAUCCUAUCUUGCUGUAUCCUUAUCUAAAGACAACCAAAAUCAAUAGGGUGUGUGUUCGAAGACAUUUGUUUAUGAAUAUUCAAUGUCUAAAAUUAGCUUUCACAAAACACACUUUUAUUUUCCUACAUAUUGUUCAAAUGGCGUUUCUCAAUAUAAGAAUUUAUAAAGGUUGUACAUAAUGAAAACUGUAUUAAGCACAUUACUAAUUCUUAUUUUUGUUUGUUUUAGGAAGUAUUGGAAAAAUAUUGAUCAUAUUAACAUUGAGUCCAGUGCUAUAGCAAAGGCUCUUUUACUGAAGACAACCAAUACAAAUGCUGUUUGUGUAUGGUGUCAUGUGUUGAGACUAUUCAAAGUCAACAUUUUUCGUCCACCCUACUCAAAUGCUGUUCUUCAAUUCCAAAAUAUUAAAG